AUGUCUUACAGAGGUGGGGAUGGUAGCAUGGGUGAGGUAAAGGCAUUUCUCAACUGUGAGGGCCAGAAACUGGAUUCACAGAAACCAGUGACUUCCUGCUCACCUUGUAAAUCUCUAAGCCUUUCCUCAGUUUGUAUUGGUGCCUUUAAAUACUUAAGCAUGGGAAGAUGUUUAGUGAAAAACCAGAAAUUUAAAGGCUCUUUGAGUGUUGGACAACAGAAGAACCUUGAAGGAUAUGUGGGGUUUGCAAAUCUUCCAAAUCAAGUUUACAGGAAGUCUGUGAAGAGAGGAUUUGAAUUCACUCUCAUGGUAGUAGGUGAAUCUGGACUGGGAAAAUCAACAUUAAUCAACUCACUGUUCCUAACAGAAUUGUAUUCCCCAGAGUAUCCAGGUCCUUCUCACAGAAUUAAAAAAACUGUACAGGUUGAGCAGUCAAAAGUUUUAAUCAAAGAGGGAGGCGUUCAGUUACUACUCACAAUAGUUGACACACCAGGAUUUGGAGAUGCUGUGGAUAAUAGCAAUUGCUGGCAGCCAGUUAUCGACUACAUCGACAGUAAGUUUGAGGACUACCUGAACGCAGAAUCUCGAGUGAACAGACGCCAGAUGCCAGACAACAGAGUGCAGUGUUGUUUAUACUUCAUUGCUCCUUCAGGACAUGGGCUUAAGCCUUUGGAUAUAGAAUUUAUGAAACGCCUGCAUGAAAAGGUGAACAUCAUUCCACUCAUUGCCAAAGCAGACACACUUACACCUGAGGAAUGCCAACAGUUCAAAAAACAGAUAAUGAAAGAAAUCCAAGAACACAAAAUUAAAAUAUAUGAAUUUCCAGAAACAGAUGAUGAAGAAGAAAAUAAGAUUGUUAAAAAGAUAAAGGACCGUUUACCUCUUGCUGUGGUAGGGAGCAACACCAUCAUUGAAGUCAAUGGCAAGAGAGUCAGAGGCAGGCAGUACCCAUGGGGUGUUGCAGAAGUUGAAAAUGGUGAGCACUGUGACUUCACAAUUCUGAGGAACAUGUUGAUAAGAACUCACAUGCAGGACCUGAAGGAUGUCACUAAUAAUGUACAUUAUGAGAACUACAGGAGCAGGAAACUGGCAGCUGUUACAUACAACGGUGUGGACAACAACAAAAACAAAGGGCAGCUAACAAAAUUUGACACAGUUGAAGGCAUGAGCCCACUGGCACAGAUGGAGGAGGAGAGGAGGGAGCAUGUAGCCAAAAUGAAGAAAAUGGAGAUGGAAAUGGAACAGGUGUUUGAGAUGAAAGUCAAAGAGAAGGUUCAAAAACUGAAGGACUCUGAAGCUGAGCUGCAGCGACGCCACGAGCAAAUGAAAAAGAAUUUGGAGGCCCAGCACAAAGAGUUGGAGGAGAAGCGUCGCCAGUUUGAGGAUGAGAAAGCAAACUGGGAAGCUCAGCAGCGGAUCUUGGAACAGCAGAAUUCUUCCAGAACCUUGGAAAAGAAUAAGAAGAAAGGGAAGAUAUUUUAAAUGCAUCAUUUUGACCACCAGUUCUGUAUUAGUUGCCAAUAUGCCAACCUGGACAUCAGUGUUUGUUGGAUCCUUUUUGACCAAUUUUGCACCAGUUGUUUCCAUAGUAAUGGAUUUAACAGCAUGACAAAGAUCUUAUUUUUUUUUGUUUGUUUGGGGUUUUUUUUGGUUAAUUUAGAUGGAGAAUGAGAUGCCUUGAAUUGUCUAGGGUGUUGUGUACUUGGAAAAAUAACAGCUCUGAGUACCUUUUUUGC